AUUGCACUUAGGCGUCAACAAGCCUUCUGAUAAGCGACAUUUUAACAAACAAAAUAUGUUCUUUAUAAAAGCACGCCUGUUGUUGAUUCUAGUCUGCUGUGGCAUGCUGCAAGCAAGUGAUGGAACUUAUUAAGCGGUUAGGGGUGACUGAGGAGAGUAUACAGCAAAUUGUGCAGGAUCAUCUAACGACGAAAGCAACACCAUGGACGAAACCGAUUCAGAUCGGGCACAUAGCUAUAGAACCAUUUAGUGCUUGUCCCGAGGGCUUUUUGGCGGAUCAUUACAUGCUCAAAGUGAAGUUCCAAUCCGGUAGCAUUGAAGAAGAGCUCCAGUUUUUUGUCAAAUGUUCACCCGUCGAUAAGCAGCUGUUAGCACAGUACUUAACAGAGAUCGGUAGUUUCAAAAAGGAAACUAGUGUACUACGGGACAUACUACCUGCGCUUCGAGUCUAUUGUCCAUCGCGUCAGUUGGCACCAACAGUUCACCUAGCUCAUGAGCAGCGAUUAAUUGUUAUGCAAAACCUGAAAAGCAAUGGUUACGAGGUGGUUAAAGUGAAAUGUGGCAUCCUUAGCGAGCCAUUCUUGCGACAAGCACUCAAAACGCUGGCAUGCCUUCACGCAAGUUCGAUUGUGCAUGAAGAGAAAUGCAAAACAUCACUCCUAGAGCUGUUCCCCGAUGUUCUAACAGAAAAUGCAUGGAUCAACAGUCCAACAAGUACUCGAACAAAGGAUGUGGAAAAUGUGAUCACGCUUUAUAAAACCUUUGUACACCUGUGCGAUCAUUUAUCUGCCGAACGUAAAGAAGCCAUUGUGCUGCAAAUACCAACACUUCUUCGAUCAAUCUAUGAGUUCGUAAAACCAUCGAACAAAUUUCGAAAUUGCCUGAACCAUGGAGAUUUAUGGUGCAAUAAUCUGAUGUUCAAAAUGGAUGCUACGAACAAUCCAACGGAUUGCAUCCUAGUCGAUUAUCAAAUGUCUCGAUAUGCUCCUCCCGGAUACGAUAUCAAUUUGCUCCUGUAUUUAAUCAGCAGCUCACCGUGCCGCGCACAAUCGCGACAAACUCUCUUAUCCUAUUAUUAUGAGUGUUUUGUCGAAGUUUUGGAUGAACACGGUAUAGAUGCCCAACAUAUUUACUCCAAGGAUAAUUUUCUGACGUGUUGCGAAUACUAUCGACUGGCGGGGCUCAUACAUGCUUCGAUCAUUAGCCCCGAAGUAACACUUCCAUCUAGCUUUUUGGAGCUAAUUUUCGAAAGCAACGAAUUAACGGCUGGCUUCAUGCCGGAUUCUAAAAUAAACAUAUGCGUGAAAGCAUUCGAAACCGAUAACACAUACAGAGAUCAUAUUGUGGAGCUGAUGGAUGAGUUAUUCACUUUCAUUGCUUAGAGAGAUGCUGUACAUCGUUCUUCGAUAAAUGUAAUCUUAUGCUGAAAUACUAUUAUGUUUCGGAUAUGUAACCAGACCAAUAAAUUGUAUUUUUUUAAAUCACA